UUUUUUUACUGUUGUCUUUCGUUGUGUAAGUGCACUGUCAGGGUUACAGCGACUGGGAAUAGUUUUCCUUAUAAAACCAGCUACUUAUUUAUAGUGUUUCAGUAUGCUGACACUUCCCAGAAGAUUGCUACUAAUUCCAAGUGUUUUGAAUGUGUCACAUAAGCCAUUGUCCAUUUCAAAGGAUUUUAGCACAAGGGCUUCAGAUUAUGAUCAAUACUUUGAUGUGUUGGGUCUCAGGAAUGACAGUGACCAAGCAGCUGUUCGAGAUGCCUUCCUUAAGCUGGCAAAAAAAUAUCACCCCGAUGGUGGCUAUGCAACUGCAAAUGCAGUAAAAUUCCAGCAGGUUGAGAAAGCUUACAGGAAGCUCAUGGAAAAAUUCAGCAGUGAUCGACAUAAUCAUAACAAGUGCGAGGGGGAGUUUGGACUGUAUUAUGAACAGAAAAUGAAGCAGAAAAUUAUGGAAGAAUUUGAAGAAGAGGAAGAAGAUAAAAAAAGGUUUGAGAUCAAGCAAACAGCCCCUCAACACCGUCAGUACCUGAGUUACGAAGGCAUAGGCAUAGGCACCCCAGACCAGCGCCAGAAGCAGUAUUCCAAAUUCCAGGUCCUCAGAGCAUCAGAGAACGUGAUCGAUUACAAGGUCAAACAGAUAUCAUCACAGUACCCUGAGACUUCACUUGUUGAUAAGGACAGGGCAGCAGCAAAGAAGAUCCGGACGAGGUUUGGUAUCGAACGCAUUGUUGAUGACAUGAUCCAGGAAGCCAUGGCAAGGGGAGAUUUUGAUAAUUUGUCUAAUGCUGGAAAGCCCCUGGAGACUCGAAAUCACAAUCCUUACGUGGAUACUGUCACUCAUAAACUCAAUGAGGUGCUGAUCAACAAUGGUUAUGCUCCAGAAUGGGUAAUGCUAGAGAAAGAGAUUCGGCAGGACAGGACCAGGAUCCGGGAAGCAUUGCUGAGAGAGAGAGGACGUAUAGGACAACUACCUCUUUCGCCUGAAGAUGAAGAGAAGUGGAAAUCAGCUCUCGGUCGCCAAGCGGAAUCGAUAUCAGAGCUCAAUAAAAAGAUCAACAAGUAUAACCUAUUGGUACCAAUCCUCAGCAAACAAACAGUCCAUUUCCCACUUGCAAGGGAAUCUGAAAAAAUCCUAAAGGAGGGGCUUUCCAAAGAUCAGAUCCCAGCACAAGAAGAAGCAACAGAAAGUGGUGGAAGCAUCAGUGGGAAAUCUUCAGGCAUUCGCAAGUUGUUUGACCUGUUAACUGUGCUUAGAAAUCCAUGAAAAUAUAUUUAUUUUGUUUUGUUUAUAGUGAUGCAGGUAUAAUUAUUUUAAUAGUUGAUAGAGUGCAUGUGAUAAAGAACAUGAUUGUAUAUACUUUGUAUUUUAUAGAUUUUUGUUGGUAGUUUAUAUAAAUCAAUAUAUAAAUUUGACUAAUGUUAACAUUAUUGCAUUAAUUUCAACCUCCAAAUUUAUCAUGGUUAACAGCACAAGAAAUGUAUUGGUUCUGUGUG